AUGUUUAAAGUGGCCUCCGCUGAACUGCCACCGCGUGGACUGGGCGCCUGUAAGCAGUCACGAGCCCUGUAUGCCGUGGAUCUUCUGCUGGAGUGGAAGCGCUCUGAUCCCGCUACGCCCUCCUCGUCCUGUUUCACCAUCCAACCCCAGGUAUGUGAAGUCAAUUUCAGCCCGGACUGCAAUCGUGCCUGCAAGUUCUACCCACAGUUCUACAACGAUGUCUUUGACUGUCUCUUCCUGGACAAGGAGGUGGACAGUAUUCAGCGACUGAUUUAA